AACUGCAUUUAUCAGAAAACAAUCUAUUGCUCUUUUUAAAUUAAUAGUAAAUGUUAUUGCAUUGUGUUUUUAUUAUGCAUCUGUUGUUUUGUAAUUCUAUAUGUUAUGGUCCUUUUAAAUGGACUGAACUUGUUGAAAAAACAUCUCAUCAUAUUAUCACUCUAUAUAAACACAAACACUUCCUUUUCUUUUCUAUAUCUACGAUAGCAAUUGAAAUGAACAUUUUAGUGCCUCUUUCUCAUACCCAAUUGCAGUGUGAUUUAAGACAGCACAGUAUUGACCAAGAGAAGUUAAAGGACGGAGGGUGGAGCACAUGACAAAUACAAAAUGUCUGACAGUGAGAAUCAGUAGGAAGUACAAUACCAAUACUGCAGUAUCCAAUUUAACUUAUAUUUAAACCAAUUAUAUUUAAAAUUUAUUUCAGGAGAAAAUAUUGUUUUCUAUAAAUGACAGAAAACAAAGAUUAUAAUAUAUUUGUAAAGUUGUGCUAUGGCCUCACUCAUAAAUAGAUUUUCUACCAUUCUGUUGUAUAGAUCUGGGAAGAUUCAUAUUUAAAGUGAUAGUAAACACUCAACAUGUUAUUGUUUGAUAAAAUAUAUCAUCCCUUUAUUUACUAUUCCCUAGUUUUGCAUAACCAACACUGUUAUAGAAAUAUACUUUUUACCUCUGUAAUUACCUUGUAUCUAAGCUUCUGCAGGCUGCCUCCUUAUCUCAGAUCUUUUGACAGACUUGCAUUUCAGGCAAUUUUUUGCUGACUCUUAAAUACCUCCACGUGCAUGAGCACAAUGUUAUGUAUAUGAAACACAUGAACUAACACCCUCUAGCUGUGAAAAAAUGUAAAAUGCAUUUAGAUAAGAGGCAGCCUUCUAGGGCUUAGAAAUUAGCACAGGAGCCUCCUAGGAUUAGCUUUCAACUAAGAAUACCAAGAGAACCAAGCAAAUUUGAUGAUAUAAGUAAAUUAGAAAGUUGUUUAAAAUUACAUGCCCUAUAUGAAUCAUGAAAUAUUAAUUUGGACUUUAAUAUCCCUUUAAGGGGCAAUUAUAACACACAACAGUGUUAACUCUACUAAAUGCUUGUGCUGAAUCAAUAGCACAUAUGUAAUAACCUAAUCAGCUGAUCUGUAUCACAUGACUUGUUAUGUGUGCCUUUAAUUAUACCAUACGUACAGUUAAUGAGAGCCAUUAUUUAUUAUUAUCUGUCUAAACCAUUUAAUAUACUUUUUACAGACACGGCCAGAGCACUGAGAGAUAUCAGGUAUUGAUGUAACUGGAGUGAAUAAGGGAACCUUCUUCCUGAGCACAGACAUAGGAGCCUGUUAUCAGCAUGAACUCAUAUGUGUUAGACAAACAGAUGAAUAGUUCAUAUCCAUCCCUCACUACAGGAAGCAUCAGAAUGAUACCACAGACUCCAAAAUUUUUAGACACUAAUGAAUACUCACAAACAUUGGGGAAAUCACAGCAGAUAUUUAAAGGAGAUGGUGAAUUGGCAGGAACUGGGCAGCAAUCAUUAUGUACAGAGAGUAAUUUAGUCAUCAAACAAGAAGACAAGAAUUAUGCCUUAUCUAGUGAAAUGAUUAUCCCUGAGGAUAAGCCACAAACAUUUACUGGGUUUUCAAAAAAAUUUAAAGAAGAGAAAAGUCUACAGUCUAGCCAAAUGAUUCAUAAAAAGGAGAGACCUUUCAAAUGUACAGAAUGUGAGAAAAGCUUUAGAUAUAAGUUUCAUCUCCUAGAACACCACAAAAUUCACACAGAUGAGAAGCCACACACAUGUACUGAGUGUGACAAAUGUUUAAUACAAAUGACAAAACUUAUAGCUCAUGAAAGGACCCACACAGGGGAGAAAUCAUUUAGCUGUACAGAGUGUGGAAAAAGUUUUACACAAAUGAAUGAUCUGAAAACUCAUAAAAAGAAUCACACAGGAGAAAAACUUUUCAUAUGUACAGAGUGUGGAAAAAGUUUUAUAGGAAACAGUAGUCUGAGAAAACAUGAAAGGAUUCACAGAGAAAAGCCUUUCACAUGUACAGAGUGUGGAAAAAGUUUUACAGGAAAGAGUGAUCUGAAUAAACAUGAAAGGAGUCACACAGGGGAAAAGCCUUACACAUGUACAGAGUGUGGAAAAAGUUUUGCACAAAUGGAUAGUCUGAAAAUUCAUGAAAGGAUUCACACAGGAGAAAAGCCUUUCACAUGUACAGAGUGUGGAAAAAGUUUUAUAGGAAACAGUAGUCUGAGAAAACAUGAAAGGAUUCACAGAGAAAAGCCUUUCACAUGUACAGAGUGUGGAAAAAGUUUUACACGGAUGGAUAUUCUGAAAAUUCAUGAAAGGAUUCACACAGGAGUAAAGCCUUUCACAUGUACAGAGUGUGGAAAAAGUUUUACACAUAUGGAUUGUCUGAAAACUCAUGAAUGGAUUCACACAGGAGAAAAGCCUUUCACAUGUACAGAGUGUGGAAAAAGUUUUACACGAAUGUAUAGUCUGAAAACUCAUGAAAGGAUUCACACAGGAGAAAAGCCUUUCACAUGUACAGAGUGUGAAAAAAGUUUUACAGGAAAGAGUAGUCUGAGAAAACAUGAAAGGAUUCACACAGGGGAAAAGCCUUUCACAUGUACAGAGUGUGGAAAAAGUUUUACACAAAAGAGCAAUCUGAAAACUCAUGAAAGGAUUCACACAGGAGAAAAGCCUUUCACAUGUACAGAGUGUGGAAAAAGUUUUACAGAAAAGAGUUGUCUGAAAAGUCAUGAAUGGAUUCACACAGGAGAAAAGCCUUUCUUAUGUACAGUGUGUGGAAAAAGUUUUACACAAAUAAGUAGUCUGAAAACUCAUGAAAGAAUUCACACAGGAGAAAAACCUUUCACAUGUACAGAGUGUGGAAAAAGUUUUUCACACAUGAGUAGUCUGAAAAAUCAUGAAAGGAUUCACACAGGAGAAAAGCCUUUCACAUGUACAGAGUGUGGAAAAUGUUUUUCACGAAUGGAUUGUCUGAAAACUCAUGAAAGGAUUCACACAGGGGAAAAGCCUUUCACAUGUACAGAGUGUGGGAAAAGUUUUAUGCUAAAGAGUGAUCUGAAAAGUCAUGAAUGGAUUCACAUAGGGGAAAAGCCUUUCAUGUGUACAGAGUGUGGGAAAAGUUUUACACAAAUAAGUAAUCUGAAAACUCAUGAAAGGAUUCACACAGGAGAAAAGCCUUUCACAUGUACAGAGUGUGGAAAAAGUUUUACAGAAAAGAGUCAUCUGAAAAGUCAUGAAUGGAUUCACACAGGAGAAAAGCCUUUCACGUGUACAGAGUGUGGAAAAAGUUUUACACGAAUGGAUUGUCUGAAAACUCAUGAAAGGAUUCACACAGGAGAAAAGCCUUUCAUAUGUACAGAGUGUGGAAAAGGUUUUACACAAAAGGGUGAUCUGAAAAGUCAUGAAAGGAUUCACACAGGAGAAAAGCCUUUCACAUGUUCAGAGUGCGGAAAAUGUUUUACACGAAUGGAUUGUCUGAAAACUCAUGAAAUGAUUCACACAGGGGAAAAGCCUUUCACAUGUACAGAGUGUGGAAAAUGUUUUACACAAAAGAGUUGUCUGAAAAGUCAUGAAAGGAUUCACACAGGAGAAAAGCCGUUCACAUGUACAGAAUGUGGAAAACGUUUUACAGAAAAGAAUGAUCUGAAAACUCAUGAAAGGAUUCACAAGGGAAGAAACCUUUCACAUGUUUAGAAAGUGGAUUUUUUUUUAUUGAAAUCUGGUAUCACAAAAACACCAAAUAUUUACACACAAAUAAACUUUAUAUACACAGCAUACAAACCUUUUUACAAUUAUCCUAAAGAGGACAAACUCUCUAAAUAGAAGCAUCAAAAGAGAUGUUAUUGUAAAUUAUACUUUCUAAAUCCCAGUUACAAAAUCUCCAUAUUGGAAGUGCUCUCCUGUUGUUUUUUGUUCCUCUAUAUAUGUGCACCUCCGUUUCUCUCAUAUAAAUGUGAUAGAAUCCAAACAUGACACAGGAAUAUACAAAUCUGUCCUCAUACUGCCCAGUUUACACCACCAUUCACCACCAAAGCACCCCAGUGUUGUCCAGAGGAAUUACUGAGGGGAAACUGAUUUUAUUUAAAAAGACAGUCUAGGCCAAAAUAAACUUUUACGAUUCAGAUAGAGCAUGUAAUUUUAAACAAUUUUCCAAUUUACUUUUAUCACCAAUUUUGCUUUGUUCUCUUGGUAUUCUUAGUUGAAAGCCUAACCUGGGAGGUUCAUAUGCUAAUUUCUUAGACCUUGAAGACCACUUCUUUUCAGAAUGCAUUUUAACAGUUUUUCACCACUAGAGGGUGUUAGUUCACGUAUUUCAUAUAAAUAACACUGUGCUUGUGCACGUGAAGUAAUCGGGGAGCAGGCACUGAUUGGUUAAACUGCAAGUCUGUCAAAAGAACUGAAAUAAAGGGGCAGUUUGCAGAGGCUUAGAUACAAGAUAAUCACAGAGGUUAAAAGUAUAUUAAUAUAACUGUGUUGGUUAUGCAAAACUGGGGAAUGGGCAAUAAAGGGAUUAUCUAUCUUUUAAAACAAUAAAAAUUCUGGUGUAGACUGUCCCUUUAAUGAGACACAAUAUCAGUAACUGGUAAAUACGUGAUCAUAAUCGGUUUAAUUUAAAUGGCUACUAUAACCUACAUGUAUACUGGGUAUGUAAUAUGUGUGUCAUGUGAUCAUAAUCAGUUUAAUUUAAAUAGCUACUAUAACCUACAUGUAUACUGGGUAUGUAAUAUGUAUGUCAUGUUCUGUAACUUGAUAUUAUGUCUGUUAGAUGUUUUCAUGUUAGUUAGAAGCCACAAGAACUGACAAUAGCACAUACUGUAUAUAUAAAGGGAACAUUAUAUGUCUGAUAAAUCCCUUUGUAUCAAGAGCACAAGUGUUAGGUAUAUUUAUACCAUUGUGUGCAUAUAUCAUGUAAUGCUCCUUUUGACUAUAUAAUGAUAUACAAUGUUUUUUCAUGCAAAUAAAAAGUGAUUGUAAUCCA